UACUUCCUGUUUUCCCGGAACCACCGGUGUGAAGGUGAAGUCUCCUCUCUCUCUCACUUUCCAUCAACCCGUUAUUUGGCUCACCAUUUCCCGCACCACCUUCUUCUUCUAAACCGCUCCGCUCACUCCGUCAGAACCAUGUCCGUAUUCGGCGACGUCCCACAGGCUCCUCCCGUGGCUGUCUUCAAGCUGACCGCGGACUUCAGAGAGGACGCCCAUCCGCAGAAGGUCAAUCUAGGAGUCGGGGCUUACCGUACUGACGACUGCCAGCCCUGGGUGCUGCCAGUGGUGAAGAAGGUGGAGCGGAUGAUCGUGGAGGACGGCAGCCUGAACCACGAGUACCUGCCCAUCCUCGGCUUGCCUGAGUUCCGCUCUGCCUCCUCCAAGGUCGCUCUAGGAGAAGACAGCGCUGCCAUCAAGGAGAACAGGGUUGGUGGUGUCCAGUCUCUUGGUGGGACCGGCGCAUUGAGGGUUGGAGCAGAAUAUUUGCGCCGCUGGUACAACGGCACCAACAACACAGCUACACCAGUUUAUGUGUCAGCACCCACCUGGGAGAACCACAAUGGUGUGUUUUCUGAUGCUGGCUUUAAAGACAUCAGGCCUUACCACUACUGGGAUGCUGCUAAGAGGGGCCUGGACCUCGCUGGGCUCCUGGGCGACCUGGAGAACGCUCCAGAACACUCCAUCUUUGUCCUCCACGCCUGUGCACACAACCCCACCGGCACUGACCCAACACAGGAGGAGUGGAAGCAGAUCGCAGAGAUUAUGAAGAGGAGGAAUCUGUUUGUAUUCUUUGACUCAGCCUAUCAGGGCUUUGCCUCUGGCAGUCUGGAUAAAGAUGCCUGGGCCAUCCGCUUCUUUGUCUCUGAGGGCUUUGAGCUCUUUGUUGCCCAGUCCUUCUCCAAAAACUUUGGCCUGUACAAUGAGAGAGUGGGGAACCUAACGGUGGUUUCUCAGGACAGCGAGACUCUGACCCGCGUCCUGUCUCAGAUGGAGAAAAUUGUCAGGACGACAUGGUCCAACCCACCGUCUCAGGGAGCACGUAUCGUCAGCAAGACCCUCAACUGCCCUGAACUCUUUGCUGAGUGGAAGGGGAAUGUGAAGACCAUGGCAGACCGUGUUCUGCUGAUGAGGGACGAGCUAAAGGCAAAGCUGCUGGCUCUGGGCACCCCAGGGACCUGGGACCACAUCACACAACAGAUCGGCAUGUUUAGCUUCACUGGCCUGAACCCCAAACAGGUGGAGUACAUGAUCAAAGAGAGGCACGUGUACCUGAUGGCCAGUGGUCGCAUCAACAUGUGCGGUCUGACCACCAAGAACAUCGACUAUGUCGCUCAGUCCAUCCACGAGUCUGUCACCAAGGUCCAAUAAGGACGACUGUCUUCUUCUCUCGCUCUCCUGCCUCCUGUAACCCCUUCCCUGCUUCACCUCUCCUCUGAUUGGAUAAACUGCAGCCGGGUUCUAUGCAGUUGAACCAAUGGGAGGACAGAUGUGUGUUUAUGUUCUCACAAGAAAACUGUAAAUCCUUGGGAGGUGCAAUGACUUUAGGAAAACACUUGAAGAGUCACAUUUUGCUGUCAGCAGAACCAGAGCUUAUGUGUUAAAAAAAGAAAAUCAUUAAUUCCUAGCACUCUGUAGAGUAAUAUAUGCUGAAUCUGUUAUACAGUACUGCACAAGUACUGUAUAAGUAAAUAAUCACUCCUUCACAGUCAAGAAUGGUUACAGCAUCACAUGUUUUCACUCUGACACAUGUCAUUUGUGCAAGUAAACACAAUCUGUGCUUUCUCACCUGGGACAAAUGCUAAGUACAACAAUAGUACAGUUCAAAUCUUCAAUCAUGUGACAUAUUUUCAGAACUCUCUCUCUCUCACUGUCCUCAACUCCAAAGAAAACAUCAGGAUGUGAUGCUGCAUUACACAUUUUUUAAAAUACUUUGUCUUAUUCGACGAAAGCAAUGGAUGAAACUAAUGACAUGCAUUUCAAGGUGCAUAUUUGCGUGCUAAGUGUCGCCAGGCGCGUCUGAUGCAAAGCUUGUGUCCCAUUUGGUGUGAAUGGACCCUUGGUCCUGCUCAUUUCCUGCAGAAGCACUAAACUUAAGACACCAGACACCAAGAAAAUCUUCAAAAAUGACUGACUACACCUUAAUGUCACAGAGACCUGUAACAAUAUGUUAAUGAAGUUGUGGUUGUUUUGUCCAGUUUUAGUGUUGUCACCUCAGCAAUUUGUUUUUGAAGGUUUGUGUAACAGGAUUAACAGUUAUUGUCUUUGUCAUUUGACUUUUGAAAUGUCCCUUGCAGCCUGGAAUCAGGGGUGUUUCCCUUGUUGAAGCUGUUUAGAAGCUGAAAACAUGACUUUCAUUUCUUCCUCAGUGAUUCAAAUUGGAUUUUCGUCUGUUACUGUCUCUGUUUUUGUCUGAUCAAUCUGCAGUGUCCUUACUAUGUUACUAAAAGCCAUUGUAAAACCUAUGAACCACAUGUCCAUUGUGUGGAGGCACACAUCAGUGUGUGUGUGUGUUCAUACUGAAAUAAAUAAUAAACCACA